AUGGCUUCUUUCCAGGAUCGUGCCCAGCACGCUAUUGCCCAGCUCGACAAGGAGCUCUCUAAGUACCCUGUCCUGAACAACCUGGAGCGUCAGACCUCGGUCCCUAAGGUCUACGUCAUCCUGGGUCUGGUCGGUAUCUACUUCUUCCUUGUCUUCUUCAACAUCGCUGGCGAGUUCCUCGUCAACGUUGCCGGUUUCGUCCUCCCCGGUUACUACUCCCUCCAGGCUCUGUUCACCUCCGGCACUGCCGAUGACACUCAGUACUGGGUCGUUUUCGCUUUCCUGACCACCGUUGAGAGUGCCAUCAGCGCCGCCUACUGGUUCCCCUUCUACUACAUCUUCAAGUUCGUCCUCGUGCUCUGGAUGGCUCUUCCCCAGACCAACGGUGCCCAAAUUGUCUUCCACUCCUUCCUCCAGCCCCUGGUCGGUCGCUUCUUCUCCAGCACUGGCACCUCCGCCAACCUCCGUGCUCAGGCCGAGGCUGCUGCCAAGGCCCACUCUUCUUAA